GGGCUGGGGGAGUGCGAAGAUGGCGGCGUCGCGUCGCUCUCAGCAUCAUCACCACCAUCAUCAACAACAACUCCAGCCCGCCCCAGGGGCUCCGGCGCCGCCGCCGCCACCUCCGCCCCCACUCAGCCCUGGCCUGGCCCCGGGGACCACUCCAGCCUCCCCGACGGUGGGUGGCCUGCCCCCCUUCGCCUCCCCUCGGCACGGCCUAGCGCUGCCGGAGGGGGAUGGUAGUCGGGACCCACCCGACAGGCCCCGAUCCCCGGACCCGGCUGACAGUACCAGCUGUUGCAGUGCUACCAGCCCCGUCUGUACGGUAGCUCCCGCUCCCGUGCUCCCGGCGGUCGCAGCUUCAUCGACCGUCGGGGUCGCUCCCGGCCCAGCCGGCGGGGGCAAUAACAAUUCCUCGUCAUCCUCUUCCUCCCCGACUUCUUCCUCCUCCUCUUCUCCAUCCUCCCCCGGAUCGAGCCUGGCUGAGAGCCCCGAGGCGGCGGCCGGAGCUAGCAGCGCCGCGACCCUGGGGCCUGGGGCCGCGGGGGCCGGGCCAGGGGUCCCCGCGGUGAGCGGGGCCUUGCGGGAGCUGCUGGAAGCCUGUCGCAAUGGGGACGUGUCGCGGGUCAAGAGGCUGGUGGACGCCGCCAACGUGAACGCUAAGGACAUGGCCGGCCGGAAGUCUUCUCCCCUGCACUUCGCUGCAGGUUUUGGAAGAAAGGAUGUCGUAGAACACUUACUACAGAUGGGUGCUAAUGUCCAUGCUCGUGAUGAUGGAGGUCUCAUCCCACUUCAUAAUGCUUGUUCUUUUGGCCAUGCUGAGGUUGUGAGUCUGUUACUGUGCCAAGGAGCUGAUCCAAAUGCCAGAGAUAACUGGAACUAUACCCCUCUGCAUGAAGCUGCUAUUAAAGGGAAAAUUGAUGUAUGUAUUGUGCUGCUGCAGCACGGAGCGGAUCCAAACAUUCGGAACACAGAUGGCAAAUCGGCCCUGGACCUGGCGGAUCCUUCAGCAAAAGCGGUCCUCACAGGUGAAUACAAGAAAGACGAACUCCUAGAAGCUGCUAGGAGUGGUAAUGAAGAAAAACUAAUGGCUUUACUGACUCCUCUAAAUGUGAAUUGCCAUGCAAGUGAUGGACGAAAGUCUACUCCUUUACACCUAGCAGCAGGCUACAACCGGGUUCGGAUAGUGCAGCUUCUUCUUCAGCAUGGUGCUGAUGUUCAUGCAAAAGACAAAGGUGGACUUGUGCCUCUUCAUAACGCAUGUUCAUAUGGACAUUACGAGGUCACAGAACUGCUACUAAAGCAUGGAGCUUGUGUUAACGCUAUGGAUCUCUGGCAGUUUACUCCACUCCAUGAGGCUGCUUCAAAGAAUCGUGUAGAAGUCUGCUCUCUCUUACUUAGCCACGGUGCUGACCCUACAUUAGUCAAUUGCCAUGGCAAAAGUGCUGUGGAUAUGGCUCCAACACCUGAGCUCCGGGAGAGGUUGACAUAUGAAUUUAAAGGUCAUUCUUUACUACAAGCAGCCAGAGAAGCAGACUUAGCCAAAGUCAAGAAAACACUUGCUUUGGAAAUCAUUAAUUUCAAACAACCACAGUCUCAUGAAACUGCACUGCACUGUGCUGUGGCCUCCUUGCAUCCCAAACGAAAACAAGUGACAGAAUUACUACUUAGAAAAGGAGCAAAUGUUAAUGAAAAAAAUAAAGAUUUCAUGACUCCCCUGCAUGUUGCAGCAGAGAGAGCCCACAACGAUGUCCUGGAAGUUCUGCAUAAACAUGGAGCAAAGAUGAAUGCACUGGACACCCUUGGUCAGACUGCUUUACAUAGAGCGGCCCUUGCGGGUCACCUGCAGACCUGUCGCCUCCUCCUGAGCUACGGCUCGGAUCCCUCCAUCAUCUCUUUGCAAGGCUUUACAGCGGCACAGAUGGGAAAUGAAGCAGUGCAGCAGAUUCUGAGUGAAAGUACACCUAUGCGCACAUCAGAUGUCGACUAUCGACUUUUAGAGGCUUCUAAAGCCGGAGACUUGGAAACUGUGAAGCAACUUUGCAGCCCCCAAAAUGUGAAUUGCAGAGAUUUAGAGGGUCGACACUCGACACCCUUGCACUUUGCAGCAGGCUACAAUCGAGUGUCUGUGGUGGAGUACCUCCUGCACCAUGGUGCCGAUGUCCAUGCCAAAGACAAAGGUGGCUUGGUACCCCUUCAUAAUGCCUGUUCAUAUGGACACUAUGAGGUGGCUGAGCUUUUAGUAAGGCAUGGUGCUUCAGUCAAUGUGGCCGAUCUAUGGAAGUUUACCCCUCUGCAUGAAGCAGCAGCAAAAGGAAAAUAUGAAAUCUGCAAGCUCCUUUUAAAACAUGGAGCUGAUCCAACAAAAAAGAACAGAGAUGGAAAUACACCACUAGAUCUGGUGAAAGAGGGAGACACAGAUAUUCAGGACUUACUGAGAGGUGAUGCUGCUUUGUUGGAUGCAGCCAAGAAGGGCUGCCUAGCAAGAGUGCAGAAGCUCUGUACCCCAGAGAACAUCAACUGCAGAGACACCCAGGGCAGGAACUCCACCCCUCUGCACCUGGCUGCAGGUUAUAAUAACCUGGAAGUAGCUGAGUAUCUUCUUGAGCAUGGAGCAGAUGUUAAUGCCCAAGAUAAAGGUGGUUUAAUUCCUCUUCAUAAUGCAGCCUCCUAUGGGCAUGUGGACAUAGCGGCCUUAUUGAUAAAAUACAAUACAUGUGUAAAUGCAACAGAUAAGUGGGCAUUUACUCCUCUUCACGAAGCAGCCCAGAAAGGAAGGACACAGUUAUGUGCCCUGCUUUUAGCACACGGUGCGGAUCCAACUAUGAAGAACCAAGAAGGUCAAACACCAUUAGACCUGGCAACCGCUGACGAUAUCAGGGCAUUGCUGAUAGACGCCAUGCCUCCAGAGGCCUUACCCACCUGCUUCAAACCUCAGGCCACUGUAGUGAGUGCCUCUAUGAUCUCCCCAGCAUCCACCCCCUCUUGCCUGUCUGCCGCUAGCAGCAUAGACAACCUCACGGGCCCUUUAGCGGAGUUGGCGGUGGGAGGAGCGUCCAACACGGGGGACGGUGCCGCAGGUACAGAGAGGAAGGAAGGAGAAGUUGCGGGUCUUGACAUGAAUAUCAGCCAAUUCCUAAAAAGCCUUGGACUCGAACACCUUCGGGACAUCUUUGAAACAGAACAGAUAACACUGGAUGUGUUGGCUGAUAUGGGUCAUGAAGAGUUGAAAGAAAUAGGUAUCAAUGCAUAUGGACACCGCCACAAAUUAAUCAAAGGAGUAGAAAGACUUUUGGGUGGACAACAAGGCACGAAUCCUUAUUUGACUUUUCACUGUGUUAAUCAGGGGACUAUUUUGCUAGAUCUUGCUCCAGAGGAUAAGGAAUACCAGUCAGUAGAAGAGGAGAUGCAGAGUACAAUUCGAGAACAUAGAGAUGGAGGCAAUGCUGGUGGCAUCUUCAAUAGAUACAAUGUCAUUCGAAUUCAGAAAGUUGUCAACAAGAAGUUGAGGGAGCGGUUCUGUCACAGGCAAAAAGAAGUGUCUGAGGAGAACCACAACCACCACAACGAGCGCAUGCUAUUCCAUGGUUCUCCUUUCAUCAAUGCCAUUAUUCAUAAGGGGUUUGAUGAGCGACAUGCAUACAUAGGAGGCAUGUUUGGUGCUGGGAUUUAUUUUGCUGAAAAUUCAUCUAAAAGCAAUCAGUACGUUUAUGGUAUUGGAGGAGGAACAGGCUGCCCCACGCACAAAGAUCGAUCCUGUUACAUAUGUCACAGACAAAUGCUUUUCUGUAGAGUGACCCUGGGAAAAUCUUUUCUGCAGUUCAGCACCAUGAAAAUGGCCCAUGCCCCGCCUGGACAUCACUCAGUGAUUGGGCGGCCGAGUGUGAAUGGGCUGGCAUAUGCUGAAUAUGUCAUCUACAGAGGCGAACAGGCAUACCCAGAAUAUCUAAUCACAUACCAGAUCAUGAAGCCAGAAGCUCCUUCACAAACUGCAACAGCUGCAGAGCAGAAGACAUAGUGAAUGCCCCACUGGUAAAGGCCAAAUCAGAUUUAAGCCUGGGACUGGACUACAGUGAAUUGUUUCCAACAAAAUCAAUGUUCCAUAAAUCCCUGACAGCCUAGAAAUAAGCUGUUUGUCUUUUAUAAAGCAUUGCUAUAGUGAUGGAUAUAGUAUGAGUAAUUGAUACAUACUCAGUUGCUACUGUUCCCUUUGAGGAAAUGUUUACAGGGGUGGCCUUUUAACAUAUCUCAGGCUCAUUUUCAUUGCAGUCAUCCAUUUCUAAGAGAGGAUUGCUUUGAGCUAGACUUGGAAAUAGUAAAAAAGCAAACAUAGCCAAUACUCCUACCAAACGUUCACAAUUUACACACUACAUCUACUUUGUUACAUAUGACACAUGUAUAUAACAAGUAUGCACAUAUGACAGACUUGCAUUUCAUUUUUCUAAACAUACAGUUGCCUUUUUUCUCCAUCUCUGUGUGUGCACACCCAUGCAUGUAUGCAUGCACACAUGCUUACUUUGAAAAUGAGCCAGAGUCUUCUUGAGGAUAUUUUGCACAAAGUCACGGUGACAAAAAUCAUUAGCAAUGCAACCCAAGCUCUUGGCUGAGCAAGAUUUUUGUUUCCACUUUUUUGUGAUUUAUUUUAUUUGUAGUGUCAUCCACAUAAAUGAAAUGAAAUAGAAAAACAUCAAGUUUCGGCUUCCUUCUCUGUGUUGGCCAGUCAUACACGGGAAAGGCAUGACCAACAAAUGAUUUCCGAGCUCCGAGCUAAGGAAAGCCAGCCCCAAGGAAGGCCACUUGCUCUUGCUAGUGCCGUCCUGCCACUAGGGGACCAGGCAGUGUAUGAAUCAGAGCACCAGCAGGGAAGGGGGAAGCGUGGGGCCCCCAUGCCAGAGGGCUGCAGAGAAGCAGCUUAGAGACUUAGGGGGAGCCUGAGCCUCCAGCAUUCGCAGCAGAAACGGAUUUUUCAGAGGACAAAGAACUUCACUGAAUCCUCCCAUUGGAAUGGUCACCCACAGAAUUCGAUGCCUUACUUCCAAAUUCAAUGGUCUUUUCGUGCUUCGUUUGAGUCACCAUAUUUUUGCGACUCACCAUACUGCUUUAUUGGCUCCCAGGUUUAGAAAACUAGGAUUCAGAUCAUUUAGUAACUCGUGACACACAAAUGUAAGAACUUUGUUUUUACUCCAGAGUUAGGGUUUAUUUUGAGUGAGCUGCUUCGAGAAUUUUCAUAGGUUCCUGCACUAUGUUCUUUGAACCAUUUCUUCAACCUUCUUACUAAACAAAAAGAAUAAAAACUGAAACCAAAGUUCUGUCAGUUACUUUUUUAAAUGAAGAUGGAGAAAAAGUUUCCCCAUGAAAUUACUACUUUGUUUUGCUUGUUUUUAUUUCCAUUUGCCAAGUGUACAUUGGCACUUCUAAGAAAUUAUCACAGUUUAUAGUUGCCCUUUCACCUUAACUAAAUACCAAAUUUAGUGCAUUAAUUUUAACUUUGAUAUGCUGUGCAUCUAAUGAGCUUUAAGCAAAGAUAAUAUAAAUGGGGUAUUUUAAAAAAAAAAAGAAUGGCUCAAAUUUGCCUUUUAAACUUACAGUCCUAAAAGAAAAAAAAGUAUUUUUUAAAUGCAGAUUGAUUCGGCUUAUUUAAACUUCUCAAGAAAAAUGACUGCAUGAAAAAAAUUCUUGAAUAGGCUCUUACAGUAAACUUUUCCUUUCCUUUUAACUUAUGCCCGAUGCUAGAACCUAUACAUUCGAGCUAGUUUGAGUUUUAUAGCUGAUUCUUGCAUGGGUCCUCAAAAUUACAUCAAAAAUUAGCCUCAGUUGUUGCUUCUAUUGAAGUUUUAGUGACCCAAGCUGGGUGUUUGUGUCGGGCCUACUUGUUUAUUAGAGUAGAAUUCUAUAUGAUGCUUGGAAGUUUGAUAUCCACUGAGAGGGCUUUCUCCUCCUCCUCUGUUGCUGUGGGUAACCGUGCGUGAAGGGGAUGGCACCCCUGUAGUUCCCUAACUGUGAAAGUGUGUUACUGUCUCCCCAUUUAGACAUAGUUUAAACUGGUAAACACAGCUGUGAUUUUUGAUUAAAUGGUUAUUAUGGUAUAGAUUUUUAAAAAAGAAAAGCUUUUAUAGCUUCCAUUAAAAAGAUAAAGCCACUACCCUACUGUGGUUUAAUAUCGUUUCCAUCAUUCUAACUCAAUAUAUGUACCAGUUUAAACUUCAGCCUUACACUUCAGAAGUUAAACUGUGGUCCAGUAUUUAAACUGCCAGUGUUACAUAUCUGAUGUUCUGUGUGCCAAGUGAAGGUACCGUGUAAGGAAGAUAAUCGCAAUGUGUCUUCGCUUGUAAUGAUGCAAAUAGUAGUCUUGAAAGGAUGUAUGUGUUGUGUGUGUAUGUAUACAUGUAUACACAUAUAUAAUAUAUAUACAUAUAUAUAUUCAUCUGCUAAAGAGAAUGGGUUAGUUGAUUGCUCAUAGGAACCAACUACAUUUUUUAGAGUUUGAAAACCAAAGGUCAUCAUGAGUGCACCCAAAAAAAUUGGCCACAUUAGGCAUUUCCUUCUACCACAGUCUAAAGCACCCUUUGGAAUGUGAAAGCAUGGCAUUCAAUGAGGCUGAACUUCUUUAAUUUUUUUCUUUUUGUCUCUAUACUUCAUAAAAGAAAUAGGAGCAAAUCUCAGACUUCUAAUCUGACUAACCCUGAAACAGUCCCUGUUUCUCAAAUAGUUAGAAAGGAAAAUCCAAGUGCCUCCAUCAGUUUUACCGAAAUUCCCCAAAGGCUUCUAGAUCUAAUGCUUCCAGUCUACUUGGUACUGGUCGGCCAGAUGGGUGCCUGACUCCAGCAUGAAUGAAGUACUCUAGAAGCCCUCAUACUUGACCUCCUUCCCUUUUCCCCAGAUUGCUGGUCUGACAUUUUAACUAGCUCCAACAGUUACCUUUCGCCCUCCCUUUUUCCUUUUUCCUUUAUCUUGAGUCUUCUAAAAGACUAGGAGACAAUGUCUCUCUAUGUCCAUGUUACAACUGGAACUGGGUGUUAGACCCUCUGGUGCUCCACUCAGAAAAUUCUGCCGCUCUGUUAACAAAUGACAACUGUCGGGCCCAGAGUUUCCAUUCUAAGCAUAACAAUACAGUGCAACCAGAUACUUAGGUACCUUUCCUUCUUGGAGUUUGGAAUUUUGGUUUUUCCAACAAUAUAAAUCGAACAAAUCAUAUUUAUUAAGAUGUUUUCAUGAAAUAGCAGCCUUAUGUUCUGUUGAGCUUGAUCUUUAUUUCCUUUGCUCUCCAAGUAAAGGAAGUGUUUUGAAACUUGCAGCAGAAUGCUUGAAUAUGGCAAGUCAUAUAGAUUAAUAUUCUAUUCUUAUGCAAAAAAUUGACCUGUGGCAAAUGCUGGAAGAACAGUACUAGAAUGCAGUAAGUUGUCUAGGUUUCUCUCCUUGGCAGAACUUCUCCCAGUUGCUCAGAGGGCAGCGAACAGCAUUCCCUGACCCUUUCUCAGCACUGCUCUCUGGAUUCCAGGCAGUGCCCUUGAAAUUGCAGCACAUGCAUUUCUCAGCCCCCUGCCCCGUUGUGCCCCGUUUCCACGGGGAGAUAGCUGUGAAGCACAGCCUUCUGACUUGCUUUCUGGUAGACUGGUGAUCUUGACGAGAGCUACAGUUUCAGGGAACAUUCAGUGCUGACAUCAAGAUGGGUUUCAUGGGUUAGAAAUUUAAGGCUUACGUAAAACUUCUUUGAUGUCAGAUCAAUGGGAGAAAAAUAGAAAUGUCAUUGUGAAGAUAUUGUAACUCGAUUUAGACACACAUAGGAGAUGGAAAGCAAAAUGUAUCUUUAAAACUAAACACCCUCUGGAUGUUUUGGGCACAUUGGUGGUGGUGAAGGUGCUGAACUUUGUAUGCCAAAAGCAUAAGCAUUAGCGCUAUGAUUAUUUUUAAAAAAAUUAUAAACAUUAGUGAAACACCCGAAGAAGUGAGGAUUCCUCACAUACCUUGUGCAUUCUGAAAUACACAAUUAAAUGUUCUUCCUAAGAGAGCCUUAACUAUGGCAGAAACUUUUAAACUUUUUAUAGUCUAAUAUAUAAAAAUUGUAAUCCCAUUUUUUUAGUAUUUGAAAGGUGUUAGGUAUGUAUGUCUUCGUGUAUCUCAUCCAGUGAAGUUCGUGGAUGAGGGGACAUUUCAUAGGGAAUGCUCUCUUGCAUGCAAAAGAGCUGAUAUAAUCCGUCCUUUUUAAUUUUCUAUCUGAAAUUCUUCAGUUCCAAGGUCUUCUGGUUUGGAGAAACACUAGAAAGAUUUCAAAACCUAUUAAGUUCUGUGUAUAUGGGGAUGCAGCAGCAGUUCAUAGAGUGGUGAUACCUUAUAGGAUCUGAAUAUGACACAAACUUCAGUCAUCUUCAAAUGUAACCAUGGUGGUAAGUGUAAAGCAUUAGGAGCUAAAGAUACUAGAUCUUUCGUCAUGUCAGAUAUGCUCUGGAAUGAGCAUAUUCAUCCAUCCUGCAGCCAGGGCUUUGUCCCCCCCUCGCUCAAGCCUUCAUGCUAUAGAGAUAGAUGAUUGCAUUUGACUCCUUAUUCAUCCACAUUUUCUUUGCUGCUUUGCACCUCCACAUCUCUGCCCAUGUUUUCAAAUGGGUAUCUCCUCCUGCAGAAUUCAGAUGGAUUGUUCUUUCGUCUCUCCCCAGCCACCCUGAAAGCUCUGUUGUUGAUUCACCAUAUGCACCAAGAAAGGAAGGCAAGCCUUGGUAAUGGGGCACCCCUUCCACAUUCCCAUGCACCUCCCAAGCAUCAGGACGAAGUCUAGAAUCUAUAACUGAAAACUUAGAAAAGAACCACAAUCUCUGAAUUCAGUAGCCCAGACCUAGAAGACCUUGUCUUAGUACUUUUGUAUUUCUGAGUGUUCCAGCUCCCCGCGUGCAUAGGUCUGCUUCCAUCCUUUCGAGCUCAUCGUGUCCUCCUGUGGUCGUAGUGUCUGUCUUUGAAACUUACAAACUUAAAAGGUACUUUUAUCAGUGUGUUUUCUCAAAAACAUUUACAAAACCAGCUUUGAGGAAAUCUAGAAUGUUUCCUGGCAACAGCAUUUGAAUAGCCGUAUUUUCUCAUUGUGAUGUUCUGUGUAAGUAGUCAAUGAAGUGACUCUUUGGUUCGUUACUGGUGUUUUUAUUUUGAGUCUUUGUGUGAACUCCCAGUGGCAGGAGGGCUAAAUCCCCUCCCAUUUUUAGUUUGUUUGUAGAAGUGUCAGAUAAAAUUACAAGAUAUUCAUUAAAAUUUGAAUUUCAUAUCAUUUUCAGCCUGUAUUUCACAAUAUUUGGCAUCUAUUUACAAUAAUAAAUAAAAACUAUCCUGAAAUGACUCUUUUUAAGUGAGCAUCCUGGCCUUUUACUAUGUUUUAUUUUGUUUCACUAAUCCUUACAGCCCUAUUGAUUUGGUCCUGGAAAAUCACUCUCAGCAUGUAAAUCCUCCAGGCCUUCACUGUCUCAAGUGAAGUGGAAGACAUCCUUCCUCACCCUUGCCUUCUUUCCAGAAAAGGGCAUCUGGGACCUUAACCUGCCUUUGUGGUGGGCUUCUGUUUAAGACAUCUUUAUUAUUAUAUUUAACCUGUAAUUGUGCUUUGACUAAAUGUCUAACUUACAUUAUAAUGUCUAACUUGUAAUUGUUUAAUAUUCAAUAAAAACAUUUUUGAACUA